UCGUGAAGAUACCCAGGAAUUGAAAGCGCCCAAAACUUUUGGUCAAAGCCAGUGGGACCCACCUCACAACACACACAGGUAGCUCUGGUCUCCACGCCGCUCUAUCUCUCUCUCUCUCUCUCUCUCUCUCACACACAUACACAACUACCACCAGCUUUUAGGGCUUCCCCCGAGCUCUCCAAAGGACGCAAAAGAAAAAAAGGGGGAAAAGAGAGGGGAAAAGCCCUAGCCCGAGAGAAAGCUUGUCCGUACAUAUAGCUUUGUGUUUUUUGGUUUGAGCUUAAAUUUCGGAUCGGACUGGAUAACGAUGGGGGAUUCGGAAUUGGUACGGACGCUGGAAUCGGCGCUGGGGAUAUCGCUUGGGGGGUCGGUGUCGGACUCGGCGGUGGUGAUCGCGACGACGUCGUUGGCUGUGGUGAUCGGGCUGUUGGUCGUAUUGGUGUGGAGGAGAUCGUGGGAUCGGAGUGGUGGCAGGGAGGUGAAGCCGGUUGUGGUGCCCAAGCUGUCGGUCAAGGACGAGGAAGACGACGUCGAAGCGGAGUCCGGGAAGUCUAAGGUUACCAUUUUCUUUGGUACUCAGACCGGCACUGCUGAGGGCUUCGCUAAGGCUCUAGCUGAAGAGAUCAGGGCAAGAUAUGAUAAAGCAGCUGUCAAAGUUGUUGACAUGGAUGAUUAUGCUGCGGAUGAUGAUCAAUAUGAAGAAAAGCUGAAGAAAGAGACUUUGGCUUUUUUCAUGGUGGCCACAUAUGGUGAUGGGGAGCCAACUGAUAAUGCUGCAAGAUUUUACAAAUGGUUUGCUGAGGGUAAAGAUAGGGAUCCAUGGCUCCAACAACUCAGAUAUGGUGUUUUUGGUUUGGGUAACCGUCAAUAUGAACAUUUCAAUAAGAUUGGGAAGGUGGUUGAUGAAAAACUUAGUGAACAAGGUGCAAAGCGUCUCAUUCCAGUUGGUCUAGGUGAUGACGAUCAAUGUCUUGAGGAUGAUUUUGCUGCUUGGAAGGAACAAUUGUGGCCUGAGCUAGAUCAGUUGCUCCGAGAUGAGGAUGAUGCAAAUACUGUAACUACUCCAUAUACAGCUGUUAUUCCGGAAUAUAGAGUAGUGAUUCAUGAUCCUACAAUUACAUCUUGUGAGGAUAAUUACUCAAACAUGGCAAAUGGGACGGCUUCAUUUGAUAUACACCAUCCUUGCAGAGUUAAUGUUGCUGUUCAAAAAGAGCUUCACAGACCUGAGUCUGAUCGCUCAUGCAUACAUCUGGAGUUUGAUAUUUCAGGGACUGUUAUAACGUAUGAAACUGGAGACCAUGUGGGUGUUUAUGUUGAGAAUUGUGAUGAAACUGUUGAAGAAGCUGGGAAAUUGUUGGGUCAACCUCUAGAUUUGAUUUUCUCUAUUUACACUGACAAUGAUGAUGGCACACCCCUUGGAAGCUCAUUGCCGCCUCCUUUCCCUGGUCCUUGCACACUCCGCACUGCAUUGGCUCGUUAUACAGAUCUACUAAAUCCUCCUCGGAAGGCUGCGCUAAUUGCUUUGGCUGCUCAUGCUGUUGAACCUAGUGAAGUAGAGAGGCUUAAGUUUUUAUCGUCGCCUCAGGGGAAGGAUGACUACUCAAAAUGGGUUGUUGGAAGUCAGAGAAGUCUCCUUGAGGUAAUGGCUGAGUUCCCAUCAGCAAAACCUCCCCUUGGUGUAUUUUUUGCAGCGGUAGCUCCUCGCUUGCAGCCCCGUUACUAUUCAAUCUCAUCCUCACCUAGAUUUGCACCCCAUAGGGUUCAUGUGACCUGUGCUUUGGUUUAUGGUCCAACGCCCACGGGCAGAAUUCACAAAGGAGUGUGUUCAACCUGGAUGAAGAAUGCAGUUCCUCUGGAGAAGAGCCGGGACUGUAGUUGGGCUCCUAUUUUUAUUAGGCAAUCUAAUUUCAAGUUACCAGCUGAUCAUUCACUUCCUGUUAUCAUGGUGGGACCUGGUACCGGCUUUGCACCUUUCAGAGGAUUUCUACAGGAAAGAGCGGUUCUUAAAGAGGAGGGUGUGCAACUUGGCCCUGCAUUACUUUUCUUUGGAUGUAGAAAUCGCCGGAUGGAUUUCAUCUAUGAGGAUGAGCUAAAUAAUUUUGUGGAACAAGGUGUGGUGUCAGAGCUGAUUGUUGCAUUUUCACGAGAGGGGCCUCAGAAGGAGUAUGUUCAACAUAAGAUGAUGGACAAUGCUGCGCAUGUAUGGAGCUUGAUUUCUCAGGGGGGAUACUUUUAUGUUUGUGGUGAUGCCAAGGGUAUGGCUAGAGAUGUUCAUCGGGCUUUGCAUACUAUUGUCCAGCAGCAGGAAAGUGUGGAUUCAUCAAAGGCGGAGGCUAUAGUAAAGAAACUCCAGAUGGAUGGACGAUACCUUAGAGAUGUAUGGUGACGGUUCGGUUCCAUAUUUUCCAUUUUGUAUCCAUGGUUGUUUGUAGCAUCUGUGCCAAAUGUAGCAGUCAAUUUAUUUAUCUUCAAGCUCAAUCGAAGCCCUCUAUCGGCAAGUUUCUGCCAUCCUGGAGCUGUAGCAGCAGAUUUUGACGAAGGUGAUGGAAACUGAAGCCCUGGUUCCUAUAAAAUUUAAUCAUGAUUUGAAAGAUAUUUGUCCCCUUCCCCCUUUUUUCCUUUUUUCCUUCUUUCUCCCCCCUCCCCCUACCCCCCCCAAAAAAAGUGAGGAACAUUUAUUUUUAGAAACAACAUAGUAGCUAGUUAUAAGGAUGUCGGGAAACGGAAUAACUCAGAUAUGGUUAUUAGGUUGUUUUGAAUUGUGUUGUACGAAUUAAUGAUGGUAUAGCAGAAUAAAGCUGAAGUCGCAAAAUGUUCUGCAAGUUAGAUAGGACUGAGAUUGAUUCACCUAAAAUAUGUGGCAUUGCCAUUUGCACGAUUUAUAAAUGAACUGGUUGUGAUGUUUAA